AUUACUGUUUCCCGCUUUCCCGCUCCUCCUCCAUAGAAAUCUCCACCGUCUUCUUCUUCUCCUUCAGUAACCGAUCCACUCUCUUCUAUUAGGGCUUCGCUGCUUUGCGUAGAGGCGAAGCUGGAGUACGACCCAGUGAGAAUAAACCUUCAACGCCGGAGAUGGACACUCCUGAUAAGAACCGCAUCUCCGCCGUUUCCUUCCGCAACUUUGAGGAUUCUCCAGUUUUUCAAUAUAUUAAUGACCUCUCGCCCAUAGAGCCAGUAAAGCCAGCACGCCCAGAGCAUAUCUCGCACUCAUUGGUGUUCUGGAAGUCUGUUAAGAUAACUGGUCUGAGUGAGGAGCAGUUGCCAAAUGUUUCUGAAUCCAAGCCAUUUCAGGAGCAGAUCAGCUUAGCAAUUGAGUUGGCGAAUUCACUGAAACACGGAAGGGAUGGAGUUGAUGUUCAAAUGGUUUCUUCUGAUGAAGAACCAAUGGAUGCUGAUAUUGAAAUAGGAAGAAGUGGUGGAUCGAGAGAGCUGUCUGAUGAGUUAUGUAUACAGUCUAAUGAUCCAAUUGACUUUGAUGCUGAUUCAGAAGUGGUACUUCAAACUGAAGAAAUGGAAGCCCACAGUGUGUUUGGUACAGAAAAAAUCAUGUUUGAUGUUGCUGGUAGCCAGAACAGUGAGCAACAGAUUCCGAAGGUCACUGAUCCUAUAUCUGAUUCUUUUGCUUCUGAGCCUCAGAAGAUUUCUAUCUGUUGUAAUAACUCAGCAAAUGUAGUUGAGCCUGGAGGUUAUUACAGUGUACAAGUUGCAGCUGGAGCUCCAGGCAUUACUCUCAGCAGUUCCUCCAAGGUAGCAACUAUUGAUUCAACUGCCGAAGCUGAAGGCAAGGAAGAUAGAGGCCUACAGCCCUGUCGCAAGCAACGAGGUGUCCGCAGGCGCUGCUUGACUUUUGAUGUGGGAGGAUCUCACAAAAGGAUACCUUUGCGUGAUUCUACUAACGAUCUUCCUCUUGAUUUGACCUCUAUCAGCAAAGCUCCUAGUCCACAAGAGUGUUUAGAUACCAGCAAACAAGAUACUGUUGGGAUUCUACCCCUACCACUAACGAUUGGCCUGCACUUGAAUGGUCUCGUGAACCCCUCAGUCUCAAGUGACCGAAAUAAAAAAAGUUUCAAAGAUGGUCGAUUUUUCCCUCCUGGUCCUACAACAUUUCAUCAUAAUAUUGAAGAUGAAUUCUCAACCCCUGUCUCCACAAAAAGAGAUUUAGUAUACAGUGAUAUCAAAUUCAUGGAGAGUCCUGAGAUAUCACUGGAAGGAGAAUGUUUUGACCAACACAUGGCAACAGAAUAUAGGCAAUUGUUUCAAGGACUUGACGAACUUGGCAGCUGUAAGCGCUGUAAAUGUAGGAAAUCCAAAUGCUUGAAGCUGUAUUGCGAUUGUUUUGCUGCUGGUCUAUACUGUGUUGAACCUUGUUCAUGUCAAGAUUGUUUCAAUAAGCCCAUUCACGAAGAUCUAGUUAUGAAAACUCGUGAAGUGAUUGAAGCUCGAAAUCCACUAGCUUUUGCUCCAAAAGUGGUCUCGACUUCUAAUUCUGCUAUAAAUUUAUGGGACGAGAACAGCAAGACUCCUGCUUCAGCAAGACAUACAAGAGGAUGCAAUUGCAGGAAAUCAGGCUGUUUAAAGAGAUAUUGUGAAUGCUUUAUGAUGGGUGUUGGAUGCUCCUCGAGCUGUAGAUGCAUGGGAUGCAAGAAUAAUAUUAGUCACACAAAUGAGAAAUGUGCGAGACAAUCUGAUGCGGCUACAAUUAAUGAUGAAGCUAAAGAUAAUGAUGAUCAUGGCGAUGCUUCAAGCCAAAACGAAGGUACCUCAAAGAGGGAGAGAAGGAAGCGCGUGUUGCUCCCAAGUUCUGUAGCAUUCCGUUCCUUUUAGCAUCACUGUGAAACUCUCUGAACUUUGGGACUGACUUCUCAGAAACACCAUGUGAAGAUCCAGGAGACUCCUGUUCUGUACGCCAACGAGUCAAUCAAUCAAAAUCACUGUAUGAAAGCUGUGUCGUGGGUUUUGUUUGAUUUCACUUUCAUAUGUUUUUUCCAAGUUUGGUAGUAAGUAGGUAUAUAUAUAUAUAUAUAUAAAUAUAAUAUAUGUAUGGAAGGUUUUUGCUUAGGAUGUGAAUGUGCGUGUGUCUGUUCUGCUCUGUUCUUUUUUAAUUAUGUGCUUGUGUUUCACUGAAGAAAGUUUUGUAAUGGCGUUGUCUCCUUCGUGUUCUAAAUUUGU